AUGCUCUUCUUGCUCUCAUGGCCUCUCCUGUCUCUGCUGGGUUACCUGUAUCCAGCAUACGCAACGUACAAGACGGUAGAGCGACGCUCUUCUGAACCGGAUGAUUUCCGCUUCUGGUGCAAGUACUGGGUGAUUAUGGCUGCAUUCCACGUCUUGGAGAGCUGUCUUUUCUUUGGCCUCAUCACCUGGCUUCCGUUCUAUGACGUCUUCAAAGUCCUCUUCUGCGUAUACCUCUGGCAUCCGCGAACUCAGGGCACACUGCUGAUCUACCACCGUGCCAUCGUACCUGCUUUGUCGCGCCACGAGCAAGAGAUUGACCGCAGGAUCGCGGAGGUGCAGACACGUGGAAUGGAUCUGGCCGUUGAGUACUCUCGCAUUCUCGCAUCUAAGAUCAUGUCUCUUGCCAAGGCGGGCGCUGAGGCUGCCCCUAAAGUCUACGAACGUUACCAGCAGCAUGCUGCCGCCCAGCCUGCUGCUUCCACAGCAUCCACCUCCUCGUACUCCUCAGGGGAGCUGGGAGAUAAGAUCACGGGAUUGGGGGAUCCAGGUAUUGUGGACUGGCUACCUUUGCUGCUGAUUCGGUCCGGCGGCUCACGUUAUGGAGGCGAUUACAGGGGAGGUGACUAUAGGGGAGGCGACUACAGGGGAGGUGGAGGCGGGUACCAGACUUCCGCUCGGCUUUACGUUGGUCGUCUCUCCACGCGGACUCGCACUCGAGAUCUCGAGUCGCUUUUCGGGAAAUACGGAAGGAUUCGUGACGUGGACAUGAAGCGUGACUAUGCGUUCAUUGAAUUCAGCGACUCGAGGGAUGCUGAAGAUGCCGCCCAUUAUCUGAACGGCAAGGACGUGGACGGCAGCCACAUCAUCGUGGAGUUCACCCGCAGGGGUCCGCGCGGGCAGGGCUUUGGGGGGCCGCCAGGUCCGCGCAUGGGGGGGAUGGGCAUCACGCAGGGGCGCUGCUACAACUGCGGCAAGGACGGGCACUGGGCGCGCGACUGCCCUCUGCGCCCCUUCUCUCCCUUCCGCCCGUUCUCCCCCCCUUCCCCACUGUCCGCUUUUGCCAACCCGUCCCUCCCACCUUCCAACCCCUCCCUUUCCCCCUCCGUCCCCCCCGAUUCCCACCUCCCACCCCCUCCUCCCUGCCCGUUUCCUUCCCUCCAGGGUCCGCGCGGGCAGGGCUUUGGGGGGUCCGCGUGGGCAGGGCUUUGGGGGUCCGCCGGGGCCGCGCAUGGGGGGGAUGGGCAUCACGCAGGGGCGCUGCUACAACUGCGGCAAGGACGGGCGCUGGGCGCGCGACUGCCCUCUGCGCCCCUUCUCUCCCUUCCGCCCGUUCUCCCCCCUUCCCCACUGACCGCUUUUGCCAACCCGUCCCUCCCUCCUUCCAACCCCUCCCUUUCCCCCUCCGUCCCCCCCGAUUCCCACCUCCCACCCCCUCCUCCCUGCCCGUUUCCUUCCCUCCAGGGUCCGCGUGGGCAGGGCUUUGGGGGUCCGCCGGGGCCGCGCAUGGGGGGGAUGGGCAUCACGCAGGGGCGCUGCUACAACUGCGGCAAGGACGGGCGCUGGGCGCGCGACUGCCCUCUGCGCCCCUUCUCUCCCUUCCGCCCGGUCCGCGUGGGCAGGGCUUUGGGGGUCCGCCGGGGCCGCGCAUGGGGGGGAUGGGCAUCACGCAGGGGCGCUGCUACAACUGCGGCAAGGACGGCCACUGGGCGCGCGACUGCCGCAACGGCGAUUGGGGCGGCAAGUGCUACCGGUGCGGCGAGCGCGGGCACAUUGAGAGGGACUGUAGGAACAGCCCGGCUCAGAGGUAUCGGUCUCGCAGCCGCAGCCGCUCCCGCAGCCCUCGCCGUGGGCGUGACCGGCGCAGCCGCAGCAACAGCAAGGACAGGGACGAGCGCAGCAAGAGCCGCAGCCGGAGCAGGAGCCGCAGCCGCAGCAACGACCGCGCCAAGGACCGCAGCAGGAGCAGGAGCAACGAGCGCGGGAAGGAUCGGGAGAAUGGGAAGAAGGCCGGAAGCCGCAGCCCCUCGCGCAGCCGCAGCCGCAGCAGGAGCGCGAGCAAGGAGAGGAGGAACAGCCGGAGCCCCAGUGCAGAGAAGAAGGAAGAGAAGAGUCCUAGGCGGAGCAGGAGUGCGAGUAAGGAGAGGAGCAAGAGCAGGAGUAAGAGCCCUGCCAGGAGGAGUGCUAGCCCUGCCAGGAGGAGUGCUAGUCCUGCCAGGAGGAGUGCUAGUCCUGCAAGGAGGAGUGCUAGUCCUGCCAGGAGGAGUGCUAGUCCUGCCAGGAGGAGUGCUAGUCCUGCCAGGAGUGCUAGCCCUCGUGAUGGUGGGUCACCUAAGAGGGAUCACCAUAUCUUGCGGUCUUUGGAGCACCGCCUUUGUCAUCUCCUUCACCUCCGUCCUCUCGUUAUUAUCAAAUUCGCUUCAAAGUAGCGAGAUCGGGUACGACAUCCCGGAUACCGCCACGCUCGACGUGAAUCCGAUAGUGAGCCCUUCGUUACAAGAUGUGAAUCUUCAGCCGCGACCGGCGGGCUUGCAACGCAGUAGCGUGUCAGCUUCAAGCGGGGAUGCUUUUCUGAGAUCGGAUCUGCACUCAGCAAGCAAUGCGCGGACGCAGGAGGAGUUUUCACAGCAGUUUCCUUCUGAGAACUCCCAGGGUCCGAAGCCGCGAAUCACUGGAAAAUCUGAAGAUCCGCAGCCGUUGAUUCCUGGGAAUGCGCAAGAUCCAACGCAGAGGCUGCUUCACGGGAUCGAUGUGGUCGAGAUGGAGGCUGAGGAAGAUGAGACAAUCGUAAAGAGGGAAUCCAUGGAAGAUGGAACCAGGAAAGAGGUAGCAGCAUCUGACCGGAGGUCUCUUUCAUCAACUUCGUAUUUAUCCGGAAAUUCGAAUUUCGGGGAGGGGAACGUGAAUGUUCUACAAUCGAAUGUUCCCGUAGCGGAGAAUUUGGUGUCCGACAGGAGAAUAUGCGGAGAGGGGCCGUUGAAGGUGUUUGUGUACGAUCUGCAUCAGAAGUUCAAUUUCGGGCUGUUUCGACAUAAGGAGCUCGAGAGCUUGCCUUUUAGCGCUGAUGAAGCUCCUCAGCUGCGGUAUCAGCGGAAGGCGAAUGGAGGGGUGUCCGGACGAGGUUUCGAACACAGCGGCGAAUAUUUCAUCGUCUUCAACCUACUGGCAAACAACCAUACUGACAGCAGCAGGAGCAACGGCGACAUUAUAAGAGUAACGGAUCCCGCUGCAGCGGAUGUGUUCUUCGUGCCCUUCCUGGCGUCGCUCAGCUUCAACAUCUUCACCACCAAUGGCAUGCGAGGCGCGCUGGCGGAAAAAGACAAGAUCCUCCAGGAGGAGCUGUGGAGCGUGCUCAAGGAGUCCCCCUGGUGGCAGCGGUCGGGCGGCAGGGAUCACAUCAUCCCCAUGCUGCAGCCCAAUGCUCUUCGCCACAUUCGCCAGCGCCUCGCCCCGGCCAUGUUCCUGCUGCUCGACUUCGGCCGAUACGCCCAAGGAGUAGCCCGGCUGAGCAAGGACAUAGUGGUCCCCUACAACCACAUAGUGCCGCCUUACACGGAGCCUGCGAGCUAUGGGGAGGCGCAGGGGCCAUGGGAGGCGCGAACCACACUGCUGUUCUUCCAAGGGACCAUCAUGCGGAAGGAUGAGGGGUACAUCCGCAAGCUCAUCUUUGACAUGUAUCACAAGGAGCCGGACGUGAGGUUCGUUGAGAGCAAGAUCACCGGUCCGCAAGACAUCAUCUCGGCAGCAGAGGGGCUGCAAAACUCGCGCUUCUGUCUGAAUGCAGCGGGGGACACCCCUUCGUCUGCUCGCCUCUUUGACGCCAUCGUCAGCCACUGCGUGCCCGUGGUGAUCAGCAACAAGAUCGAGCUGCCCUUUGAGACGUCCAUUGAUUAUUCCGACUUCACGCUCUUUGUCUCCCAUGAGGACGCCCUGCGCCAGGGCUACCUGCUGCGCCUGCUGCGCGCAUUCCCCAGGGAGAGGUGGCUGCGCAUGUGGCAGAACCUGCAGCACGUGAAGCACCACUUUGAAUUCCAGUACCCAUCGCAACCAGGUGACGCAGUCAGCAUGGUGUGGAGGGAAAUCCGCAAGAAGCUUCCUCGCGUGCGGCUGGCAAUCCACCGGGGGAAGCGGCUAGUGGUGCGCGAUUGGACCAAUGUGUGA